AUGCCGGACGCCCCUGCGACCACCGCGACCGCCAUCACAUCCCCACCAGCAGACAAGGAGGGACCAGCAAUAACCGCCGAAUCCCAACCUCCGCGAUACGAAGAACAGGAUAAAGAAGUGAUGCCAGCACCAGCACCAGCACCAGCGGUCGCUUCCAUUACCACAAGUUCUGCCCCAAUUGAAAAGACAGCCUGGGAAUCUGCCAUACAGGCUCAACCUGCUCCACCCGGACAAGGUCUGGUCGUCCAGAAAGCUGUCAAUGUAAAUCAACUUGGCGAAGAGCCACGCUUGGUCAACUGUCCCUUCUGUAACCGCGAGGGCGAUACCAGAGUCAACAAGGAAAGCAUGGGUGCCACAGGAAUGGCAGCGGUCUGCUGUUGUCUCUUCGGUGGCAUUAUCUGUGCUUUCCUCCCGUACUGCAUGGAAAUGUGCCAUGACAGCCACCACUUCUGUACAAACUGCGGACAGAAGGUAGCCGCUAUUCGGCCACACGAUGGUCAAGUGCAGGUAUUUUCGCCCCAUUCUCCCGUGGUCACAGCUCCCGGGCACGUUCAGCCACCACAAGCAGUGGCGAUGAGCCACCGCACCAGCGGCAAGAUCUAA